AUGUCCGACUCAAACGAAGAGCCAAGACGUUCAAAUGAUAGAGACUUCAACGAACCUGGCUACACAGAUUCCAGCCCCCUCAUCGGACAUCAUGCCGGCGAGGAAGAUGAAGCACAAGACAAGAAAUCCGAACCUCUAUCCAUUCUCACCUUGAUUGCCUUGACAUGUGUCAAUGGCGGACUACAAGUUUUUUUCUCGACCACCAUGGCCAACCUCGCUCCCUACCUCCAACGCCUCUCCCUUUCCAAAUCCGCCAGCGCAGCCAUAACCAUCUCUCUUCCACUCUCCGGCUCCUUCGUUGGCCCGCUUUCUGGUGCCAUCUCCGACCGCCUCCGAACACGCUUCGGUCGUCGAAGACCGAUGAUGUUCAUCGCCAUGCUCUUCAGCAUCGCCUUCCUCAGCCUCCUAGCCUGGACUGAAAACCUCGUCCCUGAAUCCAAUCUGUCUGGACGUAAAGCUGCUGCAGUCUUGUUCACCAUCCUUCUCAGCAUCGCUGUGCAGCCUGUACAAGCGGGCGUGAGGGCUCUCAUGGUCGAUGUUGCACCCGCCGCGGAACAGAGUCGAGCGAGUGGGACGGUGCUGUUGACUUGUCUCUUCAUCCAAGAGAGGGACAGUAGGAGGUUGAGCUUGGAUGAUGAAGAGGGAAAGGGUAUUGGAGAGUUCUUCGGGAGGCUAUGGAGGACCGUGAAGGAGUUGCCGCCCACGAUUGGACAAGCGUGUAAAGUGCAGAUUGCGAGUUGGACGGCGUGGUUCCCGUUCUUGUAUUACAAUACCACGUACAUUGGCGAGCUGGUCGACGUCGCAGAACAGACCGAAGGCGAUCAACUUGCUCAAGCAGGCUCAGUGGCGAGCCUCUGUUUUGCAGCAGUAGGCUUCUUCUUCGUGCUGGUGCUCCCAGUCGUCCUACCGUACAUCAGCAGAUAUUUCCACGGAAAUCGCCAGACCGAUCAUCACGACGCUGAGUCUAAGCCUCGCGACCUGGUCUGGCUCUGGCUCUUAACGCAACCAGUCCUCGGCUUACUGCUUGUCCUCACCCUCGCAGCAGCAUAUCAGUGGCAAGGCACAGUUCUGAUCGCGGUAGCAGGUCUUCCUUGGGCGGUGACGCAGUGGGUUCCAUGGGCUGUCAUUGGUUACGAGACUUCCAGGUUGGGACUUACCGGUUCACGAGGAGGAGAUGAAUCGGGUGAUAGCCAGUCUGGCGCUAUCCUUGGUGUACACAACAUGGCGAUUUCGCUUCCACAAGUCUUGGCCGGUGCGAUAGCCAGUGCCAUGUACAAGAUUGCUGAGUCCGCGGGUAGUCAGGUGCCCACUGCUUGGGUGUUGGCGUCAGGUGGUCUUGCGGCUUUCGUGGCGUCGUUUCUUUGCAGGAAAAUGCUGUGAUGGUGUGACUAGAUUGACGGAUUUAGAUUGUAUCUGGCGAGAUUAUAACUUCAUCGUUGCAUGCUACGGCACUUGGAGA